CAGCUUUCCAUCCUCCCCACCCACUCCACCCACACAGCUGAGGUCACACCGGCCCAGCCUCUUUUGCAACUUUCCCAAGUUUGUGCAUAAAGAGAGAGGAGGAAAACUCAGAAGGAAGAGACUUGGCCUCAACAAGUUUGCUCCCAAAGCCUUUUUCCUUUGAUCUAGCUGAGACUGCUGUUCUAAGGGGAGCCCUCCAGACUCAGAGAGAACCCCCCACCUGCCAUUGGAGGCUGAAGACUGUGGAAGCUUUUCCUGGUUUUUGUCUGUUCCAGCAACCCCAGAGAUUCUGAAGCCCCUCCAUGAAUCCUCGGAAGAAGGUGGACCUCAAGCUCAUCAUCAUUGGAGCCCUGGGUGUUGGAAAGACCUCCCUCCUCCACCGAUAUGUGCAUAAGACGUUUUACGAAGACUAUCAGACCACGCUGGGGGCCAGCAUCCUCUCCAAGAUUAUCAUACUGGAGGACACAACUUUGAAGCUGCAGAUCUGGGACACAGGCGGCCAGGAGCGAUUCCGCUCCAUGGUGUCUACAUUCUACAAAGGCUCUGAUGGCUGUGUCCUGGCUUUUGAUGUCACUGACCUGGAGUCCUUUGAAGCCCUGGAAACCUGGCGGGGUGAUGUUCUGGCCAAAACCAUUCCAAUGGAGCAGUCCUACCCCAUGGUGGUGCUGGGGAACAAGAUCGAUCUGGAAGACCGGCAGGGUGUGGAAAGAGCCCCCCCACUGGAGAAGGCGACAGGAUUUGGAGGGGGGCAAGCCAGAGGAAGAGAGGUUCCACAAGAGGUAGCCCAAGGCUGGUGUAAAGAGAAGGACAUUCCCUAUUUUGAAGUCAGUGCCAAGAAUGACAUCAACGUGGUACAAGCCUUCGAGAUGCUGGCCAGUCGGGCUCUGUCAAGGUAUCGAAGCAUCUUAGAGAGUUACCUCACAGACUCCAUCAAGCUCUCACCGGAAGACCAGCCCAAGAGCAGAUGCUGCUGACCCUCCGGACCCCGGCUCUGCGCGCCCAAGGACGGAGCGUGCGCCGAGCUGGCCCGCCGGCCGCCGGCGCUCAGACGGCAGCCAGGCUCCGAGGCCAGCCGCGGCCCUCGCCUCCGUGCGGGCUCCAGACCAGCCCCGCCUCAGGCUGAGCGCAGACAGUCAGGGCGGAACCCGGGACGUCCCAGCCGAGUCCCAGAGGAGUCACGGCCCCCUCGCUGGCCCCGGCUUUCCUGCCCUGCGCCCUCCCCGGACACCUCCUGCUCUGGAAGGUGCAUCCCUGCAUCCAGGCCGCUGUGUGUGGAGGCGAUGGACCGGCCUUCCUCAGCGCGCCCACCGCACCCCACCCCCUUAGAGCCUCCGCACAGCUGUGGACCAGGGUCCCUGCAACCAGGGCUGGGGAGGAGGUCCCCCUCAACCCCUGGCAGCAGCUGUUCAGGCCUGGGACAGACUGUCUGUCUGUGCCCCCGGAGCACAGGACUGAGGGAGCACAGGAAGACCCCGCGGGACCGCGAGUGUCUCCUUGGCAGGCUGCGGCCUCAGCUGGUUCGUCUGUCACACGAGGGUAGCACGUGCCCUGCCCACAUCCUGUGGCUCUUAAGGACCAGAAGCUCGGCUUCAAUCCCAGGCACUCCUGUGGAGACACAUUGGCCAUUCCCUCAACAAGUCCUUUUGGGUAUCUACUAUGUAUGAUGCCUUGAGGUCCAGGGACGCGUGUAACAAAGACCUGCUCUCCUGGUCUGACGUUCUGGAGAAGGAGGGAGGCAGUAAACCCAGAAUUUAACCAGAUGUUUUCAAUUAGCAGGUAAGCGCUUGAACCAAGCAAGGUAAUGGGAGAGAGAAGGACGGAGGGUGGGGUUAGGUGCUGUUUCAGAUGUUUCAGACAAAGUAGCCCAGGAGGUCUUCCCUGGGGAAGCGACAUUGGCCCAAAGGCUGGAGAAUGAGAAAACGGCUGCCAUCUGAACUGGACGAAGAGCGUUCUGAGGACAAGUAGAAGCAAGGGCCAAGGCUCCAGGUCAAGGACAAGCUUGUUUUAUUCCAGGGACAGUGAAAAUACACUCAUUAACCUGAGAACUCAAAGCUGCUAUUCCAGAGACAAGGUGGACACCGCCCUCCCACCCCCAACCCCAGCCCCGGAAGACUUCUUGCCAGCUGGCCACCAGAGGGCAGCAGUGCGCCUCCCAGCAGAGCCGGAAAAGGCGGCUCCAUGGACGCUGGGAGGGCCGCAGUUUUCCUCUGCUGAGAUGCUCAGAGCUCGUUCUUUGGCUCCGGGCAUUUUCAGUCCUUCGAGAUUCGUGAGGCAGAAACAUCCCAAUUUCUUAAUCCUACUGAGAGAUGGGCAAAAACUGCUGCAUCAGUGAUUCAGGCAAGAAAUCACCAUCGGUGAUAAAUACUGGAAAGCCGGGGAGUCUGUUCCUGCAGAUGCUACAGCCAUAAUCUUUUUUCUGCUGGUGACGAGCAGCAUUUACAGAGCCCAACCUGAAGGGAGUUGGCGAGAUGACCGACUGCCCCCCAGAGUUUCCGUGGCCACAUCCAUGCCCACCACAGAAGUCUCCUGUCUACACAGAAGUACCCUUCCCUGAAUGUUAGCACAGGACUUCCAAGCAUCACCUAACACUGAAGAUUCGCCCAGAGGUAGAGGAAAGGGGAGGUGAGGGGUCAGUAAGAGUUUGGGGAACCCCUUCUCCCCACAGGAACAGGCGGCCCAGCGCACAGCUCUGUCUCUGCGUCCUUCGUGGGGGCGGCACUCUGCGUGUCAUGCGGGCUCUCCUGGGGGGCAGUGGGACUGUGGGCUGGAUGCGUGGUGCGUGGAAUGUGUGCACAGCUCGUGCACUUCAAUGGGUGUAGGGACCAUUCUAAAAGUGCACAACAGAUAAUAAAUGUCUUUCUUAAUUUUAA